UAACCACUAGCAAAUGGUUCAUCCCAGAGGAGUGACUCUAAGAACACAGGGUGGUGUUUGACCACUUUUACAUAUAUGGCUAAUGCAUCUUGUGUUCUCAGGUCACCCCUUUGAGACACACUGUUUCUGUCUCGAUUAUAUACCAAUAUAUGUAUAUGUUUUAUCUUGUGAAGUGUUUCAAUGAAAAAAUAAAUAAUACCUCAUUUGUCUUCUCCAUCCAAAUCAAGCAUCCUCUCCCCACCUCUUAAUUCUAAAUCUUUUUGUUGUUUGUAUUUCGGUAAACAUGUAUGAUUUUCAUUGAACCACUUCACCAGAUAAGCAUUAGUUUAUGCGUAUGAGUGUGCAUCCAAGAAUUACAAGAGAGUUUGAUUCAUUUGGUUUAGCUAUUGCAUCUAGGAUGGAAUUUCUAAACCCCAUUGUAUUAAUCACAUUUCUAUAUUUGUUUUUUUUCAUUUCAUUAAUGUAAAACUUUAUACAAAAUUUUCCACCUUUAUAUCAUUCUAAAAAAAACUUUUGGAUAAAACCACUCUGUCACAUGAUACAAUCAUCUCACUUAACGAUCUGAAUCUUCUCCUUGGCUGGGCAUUAUCCUUGGUUGUCCUUGACUUUUAAUUUUGUUCAUUGAUUCGAAAUCUAAAGAUCAAUUUAUAUACAUAAACAUAGUGCCAAGGAUGAAGACUAGCCAAGGAGACAAUUUGGAUCCCUCGCUUAGAUAGUGCCGCUUUCAUAAGGUAAUUUAUAUAAUUUUUUUAUAGAAAAUUUUACAGACAGUACCUCAACUAAAGUUCAUUCAUCAUUUUGGUACCUCAAAUUCCAAAACUAUCACAUUGGUACCUCGACAUUUAAACUUGACAUAAUUUUCAUACCUUUCAUCCAUAACAACGUUAACUCUUAUCGCCACGUGACUUAUUACGAUGGGCAAUUUCGUCUCUCCCUCUGAUCCACUAUGUUCCCCCCUUCUUCCACUCAACAUGGUUGUAUGGAAGAGACAGAAUUGCCCUUGAAAUAACUUACAUGGUAAUAGAGUUGACACCGUUAUAACUAGAGAGUAUGAAAAUUGUAUCGAUUUUGAAUGUCGAGGUACCAAUAUGAUAGUUUUUAAGUUUAAAGUACCAAAAUAAUGAAUAGAUUUUAUUUAGGAUACUAUUUGUAAAAUUUUCUCCUGUUUUAUUUUUCAUUGCGGAGUAAAAGAGGCGGGAUUGUCCGACAAUCCAAUACAAAAAGUCGAAAAUGCUCUCAAUAUUCCCCUAGAUUUCACCCAAAUAUACCAAAACUACCCUUAGUCGGUUCGGUUCCCGUGGCCGUCUUCCUAUAUUACUCCCACGUCCCCCGGAAGCUGCAAAUUUACGGGAGGUUUAACCCGAAUUCCAAAACCCGGACCUUCAAAAACCCUAACUCUGCACACAUGGAGAUCGAUCAAUCGGAGCCGCAAACCAAAAGCGAAGACCUCUUCAAAGCCGCCGAGACCGGCGACGCUUCGGCGUUCGAAUCUCUCACUCCAAAGCAGCUCGCUUCAGCUUCCUCUCUCAGAAACGAGGACGGCCGCUCCCUCCUUCACGUCGCCGUCUCUUCCGGUCACUCUCAGGUGGUAAAGGUACUGCUAGCUGCUGAUGAAUCGAGUGGUGUGAUAAACAGUAAGGAUGAAGAUGGUUGGGCACCGCUGCAUUCUGCGGCGAGCAGUGGGAAUGUAGUAAUAGUGGAGAUGCUGCUAAGCAAAGGAGCUGAUGUUAAUUUGAAGAACGAUGGUGGUCGCGUUGCACUUCACUAUGCUGCCAGCAAGGGAUGGAUGGAGAUUGCUGAAAAUUUGAUCUCACACGGGGCAAAGCUUAAUGUACAAGACAAGGUUGGUUCCACCCCAUUGCAUCGAGCAGCUAGUACUGGGAAAUCACAAUUGUGUGAACUUCUAAUUGAGGAAGGAGCUGAAAUUGAUGUUGUUGAUAAAGCAGGCCAGACUCCUCUUAUGAGUGCUGUGAUUUGCGAGAACAAGGAGGUUUCUCUCCUUCUAAUAAGGCAUGGAGCAGAUGUGGAUGUGGAAGACAAAGAAGGGUACACAGUGCUUGGUCGAGCUUCGAAUGAGUUCAGACCAUUAUUGAUUGAUGCCGCUAAGGCGAUGCUUGAAGGGUGAUUUUUUAGGACUAAUUUGUUUAUCGAUGGAAAAGCUAAGUAGCAAGGUUGUCUUCUAUGUAUUUGCGGAGAGAUGUUCCGGUUUCCGAAACAUGUUAAUCAAAUUUUCUUUGUUGAUAAGACCAAUUGAAGUUUAAUUUCAAAAAAGAAAAGAAAAAAAAAGACCAAUUGAAGUUUUGUUUG